AUGGCUCGGGGGAAGGGCGCCACAGAGCCUGAAAAGACCCAAAGGCUUUCCCUUGCUGAGCUGGCCGCUCAUGACGACGUGUGCUCAGACGUCAUGGUAGAUAAUGCUUAUUACAAGUCAAGAAUCCGAAAGAAUCGCACCAAACAUAUCCCAAUCCGCGGCAUCAAGGAAGACGAAGUCCCACGGAUCCUGCUGCACAAGGUUAUUGUCGACAAAGAUGUGGAGGCCGCGGAGAAAGCCCUCCUCGCCCUUCCCGGCUUGAAGAGAUACAAGAAGAGUUUGCGCAGCAAGGCCGAACAAGAGCAUUUUUUGCAGCACCUGAGAAAGUACAUAGAUAUGUACCAGACCGAUUGUGCUUGGGAAGUGUCUACCACUAAUCGCUACACCAUCACCACUUAUGAAGCCGCGGUCACGGCCAGGAGGCGCAUCAGACAGGGAGACACCAUAAAGUAUCUCACCGGCACCCUUGUUCCUCUUACCACCGAGGAAUCGGCCGAUUUGGACUUGACGAAUCGCAACUUCAGCAUUGUUGUUUCCAGUCGCAAGAAAAAUUCAUCCAUCUUUUUGGGUCCUGCCCGUUUCGCCAAUCAUGACUGCGAUGCAAAUGGCCGUCUUGUCACGCGUGGGGAAAAUGGUAUGGAAGUGGUCGCCAUGAAGAAUAUUGAGGUCGGUGACGAGAUCACGGUCUCAUACGGCGAUGACUACUUCGGGCCCGGCAAUAUUGACUGCUUGUGUCAUACGUGCGAACAACUUGAGCGAAAUGGCUGGACAUCCAAGGCUGGCAUCCUUGACACUCCUAGUCGCACUUCCACUCCACAGCUCGAACCUCAAACAGCAGCUCAACCCCGCGGCCUGAAGCGGAAAAGGGACUCAACUGCCUCCCACGCCUCUUCCGUACCUCCUCCAUCAAAGCAUGCUAAGAUCAUGCAGUCCCCGUCUAAACUGCAGCAAUCCUGGACGCCAUCAGACAGUCCAGAUGCGGAGAUGCCGCAAGUUUCAAUGGAGCGAAAAUCCGAGCCGACCGAGAAUUUGCGAGCUGCGGCUUCCAGGGAGGCAGCAGCACUCUCGCCGCCUCAUAGCCCUGCGCGAUCAGAAGUACCCGAGUCGGGAGAGUCAAUUCAACCUGAACCUGAGCCGCGGCAGAAGUCCCCCGGUUCGUUGAAGGGGCAGACGGAUCAUAGGGAGAACAAGGUGGCGACCAAACUGCUACCCAAUAUAUCAUCGCGUGUUCCACUGUCUCCGGCACCGACCUCUCCUUCUAGUCAUGGUUCUGCAACCGAGGCGAGUGGAUUAAGUCGGUCAAUUUCUCGGGCUCAGGCCACCGAUACAUCUGUCACGAUCAAGGUUGAGACUGUUGAAACAACCAAGAUAGAGGAAGACGAGGAUACAGUCAUCGUCGUGCCCUCCAGACGAAAAUCUUCGCAAACCAGUGUGGCUCACCAAACGCAAGAACAAGAGCAGCAGAUGGGCAUGGUCGCUGAAAGCGUGGCAUUGGCUGUGCCUCAAGCGGUUUCCACUCUAUCCACCACAACGAUAAGUAAGGAAGUCCGCAGAGUCGAGUCGUCCGUUUCAGCAGCUGCAGAAAGCAGCGUGCUCCCAUCCAUAGAACCGAUGAGUACCUCCACAACCGUGGCCACAUUGACGGUCCACCCAAUGACUGGCACCAUCCGCAUUGCUGGCGACUACAUCCUCACCCGCAAAUUACUCGCUCAGCCUCAUGAUCGCUGGGUACAAUGCCACAACGACAAAUGUCUUGGAUUCUUCAUCCAACCCAACGGCUACCAGACACGCCGCGAAUGUCCACGCUGCGAGCGCCACAGUAUGCUCUAUGGGUUUCCCUGGCCAAAAACAGACCCAGAUCCCCGCAAACUGCUCGAGCGCAAGUCUCAUGGAAAUGGUCGUGGUAAGAAGAACAACAGUGCUCAGGCAAUUGAGUACAGCGCAUACAGGCGGAAAGGGAGAUGUGGGAAAGGGACAUGGGUAGAAGGUGGAGGAGACCCUGAAGAACGGGUCAUGGAUCAUCGCACGAUCCAUCGCUUUGUGUUGCCCGAAGAGGAAAGAGAGUUGACCCGAAAAGGUCUUCUGAAAGAAGCCGAACUUGCUCGGGCGGCGGGAGACCAUGCCUUGGCAGUUUUGGAGGCGAGGAUGCGCGCAGGUUCUAGCUCGCGGGCUCUCAACCACGGAAUUGGUACGGAAAGCGCUACGAGGGACGUGAGCGAGAGUGGGAGCGCGACUCCCGAUGAAUUGAGGAGGAGGAGUAAUCGAUUUGUUACAAGGCCUGUGGCUGUCUACACGGACAAAUUCUAG